CCCUUCUUUCUCUUUCUCUCUCACUCCCCACUCUAUUAAUUUUUUUUUUAUUUUAAUUUUUUUUUGGUUCGUUUUUUUUUCUAUACUUUGUUUUUAUAUACAACUAUUGAAAAAUGAACACUUUCAAAUUGACAAGGCCAUUGACAUCCCUUGGAGCUUCACGUCGCGCGUUCUUAACUGUACCUGCUGCCACCACACGUUUCGUUGUUGCUCCUCUCGGUAACCAGUUGACUCGCUUCAGCACUUCGCCCUCUAGCCAUGCCUCUCAGAAUCUCGAAAAGAGCCACCAGUUCUCUGGAAAGCCUCUGGGUGCUUUGGAUGUCGCUGCCCGUCAGUUGUUGUUUACUGAGUUGAUGAGAGGUAUGUGGGUUGUCUUGGAGAACUUCUUCCGUGCACCCUACACUAUCUUCUAUCCUUUUGAAAAGGGUGCUCUUUCUCCCCGUUUCCGUGGUGAGCACGCCCUCCGCCGCUACCCCACUGGUGAGGAGCGUUGUAUUGCAUGCAAGCUGUGUGAGGCCAUCUGUCCUGCCCAAGCCAUCACCAUCGAAGCCGAGCCUCGUGAGGAUGGAUCCCGUCGCACCACUCGUUACGAUAUUGACAUGACCAAGUGCAUUUACUGUGGUUUCUGCCAGGAAGCCUGCCCUGUUGAUGCUAUUGUUGAAGGUCCUAACUAUGAGUACAUUACCGAGACACACGAGGAACUUCUUUAUAACAAGGAAAAGUUGUUGCAGAAUGGUGAUAAGUGGGAAGUUGAAAUUGCAAGAAACUUGCAAGCUGAUCAUCCUUACCGUUAAAGAAAACGAAGAUAAAAAAAAAACAAAGAAAACAACAGCAAACAUCCUAAAUUAUAUACUCUUUUUUUAUAUUUAUAUAAAAAUUGUGUUCUUUUCUUUGAAU